CCGGCGGGUCCCGGCCCCCGGAGUGCGGAGCUGCGGGAGCCGAGCCGGUCCGAGCGGUGCUGCUGGAAGAUGGCGAGCGGCCGGGACGCGCGGCCGCCCUGGCGGCCCGGGCGCCUUCCGCUGCUGCUAUACCUGCUGCUGCUGCUGCGGAACCCGAGCCAGGCAGCGCACAUCAAGAAGGCGGAAGCGACCAAGACGACCUCGACGAAUGCGGGUGGCGAUGCCGCCGAGGGCCAGUUCGACCGCUACUACCACGAAGAGGAGCUGGGCUCGGCGCUGAGGGAGGCGGCGGCCGCGGGUCCCCCGGGCCUGGCCCGCCUCUUCAGCAUCGGCCGCUCGGUGGAGGGCCGGCCGCUGUGGGUGCUGCGUCUCACGGCCGGCCUGGAGCCGCCGCCCCCUGACGGCGCCUCGGGGCCCGACGCGGCGGGGCCCCUCCUGCCCGGCCGGCCGCAGGUGAAGCUGGUGGGCAACAUGCACGGCGACGAGACCGUGUCGCGCCAGGUGUUGGUCUACCUGGCCCGCGAGCUGGCGGCCGGCUACCGCCGCGGCGACCCGCGCCUCGUCCGCCUGCUCAACACCACCGACGUGUACGUGCUGCCCAGCCUCAACCCGGACGGCUUCGAGCGCGCCCGCGAGGGGGACUGCGGCUUCGGCGACGGCGGGUCCAGCCGGGCCAGCGGUCGCGACAAUAGCCGCGGCCGCGACCUCAACCGCAGCUUCCCCGACCAGUUCAGCAGCACCGAGGAGCCGCAGUCCCUGGACGACGUGCCGGAGGUGCGCGCCCUCAUCGACUGGAUCCGCAGGAACAAGUUUGUGCUUUCUGGAAAUCUGCAUGGUGGCUCAGUGGUUGCAAGCUAUCCUUUUGAUGAUUCUCCAGACCAUAGUCCCACUGGAGCCUAUAGUAAAACGUCAGAUGAUGAAGUCUUUAGAUACCUGGCAAAAUCCUAUGCCUCAAACCAUCCCAUAAUGAAAACUGGUGCGCCACAUUGUCCAGGAGAUGAGGAUGAGACUUUUGAAGAUGGGAUUACCAAUGGCGCUCAUUGGUAUGAUGUACAAGGCGGGAUGCAAGAUUACAAUUAUGUCUGGGCCAACUGUUUUGAGAUCACAUUAGAACUGUCUUGUUGCAAGUACCCACCUGCUUCACAGCUCCGACAGGAAUGGGAGAACAAUCGUGAGUCUUUGAUCACAUUGAUUGAAAAGGUCCACAUCGGAGUAAAAGGAUUUGUUAAAGAUUCAGUAACGGGAUCUGGCUUAGAGAAUGCAACCAUCUCAGUGGCUGGUAUUAAUCAUAAUAUCACAACAGGCAGAUUUGGUGAUUUCCAUAGAUUGCUUGUUCCUGGAACUUACAAUGUUACAGCAGUUUUAACUGGGUAUAUGCCACUGACAGUUAAUAAUAUAAUAGUGAAAGAAGGACCAGCCACAAAAGUGAAUUUUUCCCUUCGGCCAACUGUCGCUCCAGUGAUUCAUGACACAACUGAGACUACAGCAACUGCAAGUACAGUUACUAUACUGAAUAUUCCUUCUGGAACAAAAUCCUCCCACCAGCCAAUUCAGCCAAAGGAUUUUCACCACCACCAUUUCCCCGAUAUGGAGAUCUUCUUGAGAAGGUUUGCUAAUGAAUAUCCUAACAUCACCCGGCUUUAUUCACUGGGAAAAUCAGUAGAGUCAAGAGAACUUUAUGUAAUGGAGAUAUCUGACAAUCCAGGCGUCCAUGAACCAGGUGAACCUGAAUUUAAGUAUAUUGGAAAUAUGCAUGGAAAUGAAGUGGUUGGAAGAGAAUUGCUAUUAAAUCUCAUAGAAUAUCUUUGUAAGAACUUUGGAACAGACCCUGAAGUAACAGAUUUGGUUCGUAGCACUAGAAUUCACCUUAUGCCGUCCAUGAAUCCUGAUGGGUAUGAAAAGGCCCAGGAAGGGGAUUCAUCAAGUGUAAUUGGCAGAAACAACAGCAACAACUUUGACUUGAACCGAAAUUUCCCAGACCAGUUCAUUCAGAUCACAGAUCCUACCCAACCAGAAACUAUUGCUGUUAUGAGCUGGAUGAAGUCUUUUCCAUUUGUAUUGUCAGCGAACCUUCAUGGAGGUUCUUUGGUAGUCAAUUACCCUUUUGAUGAUGAUGAACAGGGGAUUGCCACAUACAGUAAAUCACCAGAUGAUGCUGUGUUUCAACAGAUAGCACUUUCUUAUUCCAAGGAAAAUUCCCAGAUGUAUCAAGGUAGACCCUGCAAAAAUAUGUAUCCUAAUGAAUAUUUUCCUCAUGGGAUAACAAAUGGAGCCAAUUGGUAUAGUGUCCCAGGUGGUAUGCAAGACUGGAACUAUUUACAAACAAAUUGCUUCGAAGUGACUAUUGAACUGGGUUGUGUAAAAUACCCAGUUGAGAAAGAUCUGCCAAAAUUUUGGGAACAGAAUCGAAGAUCUCUACUCCAGUUUAUGAAGCAGGUUCAUCAAGGCGUGAAAGGUUUUGUCCUGGAUGCCACAGAUGGCAGGGGUAUAUUAAAUGCCACCAUUAGUGUUGCGGAAAUAAACCACCCAGUGACAACUUACAAAGCAGGAGAUUACUGGCGUCUUUUGGUUCCAGGAACUUAUAAAAUCACAGCAUCUGCUCGGGGAUACAAUCCAGUUACCAAGAAUGUGACUGUCAAGAGUGAAGGUGCUAUUCAGGUCAACUUCACACUUGUGCGAUCUUCAACAGACUCAAACACCGAAUCCAAGAAAGGAAAGGGGGAAAGCACCCACAGCGUUGAUGCCAGUGAUCCGACUACUAAAGAGUUUGAAACCUUAAUAAAAGAUCUUUCCGCUGAGAAUGGGUUGGAAGCUCUCAUGUUACGUUCCUCCUCCAAUCUGGCACUCUACCGAUACCAUUCGUACAAAGAUUUGUCAGAGUUUCUGAGAGGCCUGGUGAUGAACUAUCCACAUAUUACAAAUCUUACCAAUUUGGGACAGAGUGCUGAAUAUCGUCAUAUUUGGUCCCUUGAAAUCUCCAACAAGCCCAAUGUAUCAGAACCUGAAGAACCAAAGAUUCGUUUUGUUGCCGGUAUCCAUGGAAAUGCUCCAGUUGGAACUGAACUGCUUUUGGCUCUGGCAGAGUUUCUCUGCCUAAACUACAAAAAGAACCCAGCUGUGACCCAAUUGGUUGACAGGACUAGAAUUGUGAUUGUCCCUUCUCUAAAUCCAGAUGGGCGAGAGAGAGCACAAGAGAAAGACUGUACUUCAAAGAUUGGACAUACAAAUGCUCGUGGCAAAGACCUGGACACGGACUUCACAAGUAAUGCCUCCCAGCUAGAGACUAAAGCCAUUAUUGAAAAUUUGAUUCAGAAACAGGACUUCAGUCUUUCUGUUGCUUUAGAUGGUGGUUCUGUGUUGGUCACAUACCCAUAUGACAAGCCAGUACAAACAGUGGAAAACAAAGAGACUCUGAAGCAUUUGGCAUCUCUUUAUGCAAAUAACCACCCCUCCAUGCACAUGGGUCAGCCCAGCUGUCCAAAUAAAUCAGAUGAGAAUAUUCCAGGAGGAGUAAUGCGCGGAGCAGAGUGGCACAGUCACCUGGGCAGCAUGAAGGAUUAUAGUGUCACCUAUGGCCACUGUCCAGAAAUCACAGUCUACACCAGCUGCUGCUACUUUCCCAGUGCUGCACAACUUCCUAACUUGUGGGCAGAAAAUAAAAAAUCUCUUCUAAGCAUGUUGGUAGAGGUUCAUAAGGGAGUUCAUGGAUUUGUUAAAGAUAAGACUGGAAAACCAAUCUCUAAAGCGGUCAUUAUACUCAAUGAAGGUAUAAGAGUGCACACAAAGGAAGGAGGUUACUUCCAUAUCCUAUUAGCCCCAGGUGUCCAUAACAUCAAUGCCAUAGCUGAUGGGUAUCAGCAACAACAUUCACAGGUCUUCGUGCAUCAUGAUGCAGCUAGUUCUGUGGUAAUAGUCUUUGACACUGAUAAUCGGAUAUUUGGUUUGCCACGGGAGCUUGUGGUAACUGUAGCAGGUGCCGUGAUGUCGGCAUUGAUCCUAACAGCUUGCAUUAUUUGGUGCAUCUGCUCAAUCAAGUCAAACAGACACAAGGACGGCUUUCAUCGGCUCAGGCAGCAUCAUGAUGAAUAUGAAGACGAAAUUCGCCUGAUGUCAACUGGCUCGAAGAAAUCCCUCUUAAGCCAUGAGUUCCAGGAUGAAACGGACACUGAAGAAGAAACAUUAUAUUCUAGCAAACAUUGAAUCACAGCCUUGAGUAUUUCCCAGCAUAAGUACCAAGCAAAACUACAGUUCCUUUUGGGAGACAACUGUAGUUAAGAAGAUAGACUAUCUUGCUUCUUCAAAGAGCUUUGGGAAGUUAACUUGCUAAAUUUCUAUUCUCUGUGAAUUUGGCUGGCAGUUUUGAACUUCCCUUCCUUAAAAUACUUAAACCUUUUUUUAAAAAAAAAAUCUGCUUUCUAUUUAUGCAGCAGAGAUGGAACAGCCACUUUAUUUUUCUUUUUAAUUUAAAAUGAGCUAUUUGAAGCUUAUGUGAUAACUACAUAAAGCCAACUAGUGGAUGUUGUAUUACACUGAGCGUUUACUAGUGGCUUUAGCUUUUUUCUUUAUUUUCAAUGGCCAAAAGAAUCCAUAAACAUUAAGACAGGGAUAGAGAUCAGAAUCUGACACAUAGCUUUAAAAACUCAAGGUUUUCUCAACCAACUGAAGAGUAUCUUUUCUAGUUAUUAAAAAGCUGGAGUUCUCUUUUAUUAUUCAGGUUUAAUGAAGGCUGAAUUGAUUUUAAAAUAUAAUAUUUGGAAAUUAAUAAAUGGGCUUUUUUGCAUUUGGCUUUUGCCUGUUCCAGGGCUUGAUCAGAACUUAAGAGCUGUGCUCCACGCAGGAUUUCACUACCUCUCUUCCAAGGGUCAGCAAAGUUCUAAAUAUCCCCAUUUUUAAGGGAGAACUUACUGACUUUGUUGUAAAGAUCUAAAGAGUCCAUUUGAGUGGAGCUGAGAGGGAGACCUAGCAAAACUCACGUUGCCUAUCUUUUCACUUGGUAAAAACCCACCGGUGCUGCUGCUUUUAUCUGUGAAGCACUAGUGUAUUGUAGGAAAACCUGAUUCUUUCAUAUUUGCUAAAUUUGAACCUUUUUCUGUGCUGUACGCGUAUGGUUUCCAGAUGACCCAGCGAUCUGCAAGAUCUGAAUCCUACUGAAUCCAUAUCAAGAGUGGACAAAACAUGCUUACACAUUUUAGCCUAUAUUUGAACACAAAAUUAUCAACAGUUCUUGCUUCAGCCCAAGUCUGUGCCCUGUAGUAGCAUAUUGAUACUGAAAUAGCUUGGCCAAUCUUAUUCAUAACAGGUCUCUGCAAUUGAUUGGGUUCUUGGUCCUGAUAUUUCACUUGAUAUGGUCUCUUUUUGGUCAACCUUUUUAUUCAAUGUUGAGGUGAAAGCAUUUAAAUAUGGCUUCGUCCAUUAAACAAAGUGCAAACUGUGGACUGCCAUGUGAUAUAACAAAGGUGAGAGUGUGAUCUUCACUGCCAGUCAGGUUACUGCAAAGACCUGAAGAUUUACAUUUUCUCAUGAAUGUUAUAUCAUGCUUCUCAAUGGAAAGUAUGCUAUUUGUAAGCAUAAGUGUUACCAAUGAUAAUGGCUUAAUACCUUUGAAUGUGGUAAUGGCCAAGUUGCUGCUGAACUUGUACUAAUUCAGGGGAUCAAAAAACUUACUUUCAUCUUUUCAAAUUGUAUUCUCUGUCCAUUGGAUAUUCAUUGCUGUUGAUUAUCCCAAAGCCUUCCAGGGAAAUGGUUUACCACCCAUGUAGAUUAUGCAACUCAAUUCUGUAAAGAAUGUACCCAAAAUGUCCUCAUAAAAAGAUUUGGCAGUUGUAUUGUGCAGGAAGUAAGGCAUUUGCCUUGCCUGUAGCGUCCAUGACCACGACCCUAAGAGCAAAUACCCGGCACCACAUAUGGACCCCUGAGCACAGAGCCAGGAAGUCUCUGAGCAUCAAUGGGGGGAGGAGGGUCACAAGAACAAAAACAAAUUGGUUUAGCAAGAAUAGUGAAAUCAUGGCAUUUGUCAUUGUGUGUGUUAAAUCUGGAUGGCUGAAGGUCAAGCUAUUCUUUCAUUAAUCUUAUGAUUAACAGCUCUAAAUUUUGAACCCAUGCUACCCCACUUUAAUCCAACCACACACAGAGAAGAGAUUUUGUGAGGUGCUAAAGCCACACAUACCUGGUAUAUAUGAUUUAAUUCCCAAUCAUUCUUUUAGAGGAUACUGUGGUGGUAUUUGUUCUUUACAGCUUUAUUUUUAAGAAUGCAGAGUUGACCAGGGGUCUCUCCAUGACUGGCCUUGUUUGGAAUACUACAGGUAGAAAUGAAAUAGUUGAUGUGAUAUCCUUUACUAUCUUAGCCUUGGUCUUCACUACAGGAUGCCUUUUAAAUUCACUUCUCCCUUCAGCUGACCUUAUCUUUAGCUAUAUAUCAGUGACUGGAGGUCAUGCCUUUUAAGCAUGUAUGAUUUUUUUUUAUAAAUAAAUAUAUAAAUAGCUCUCUUAGUAAUUUUUUGCUGAGGGAAAAUCAAAUUCUGCUAUAAAUCUUUAAUGAAUUUCUAAAAUAAUGUGUUGCGCUCUAAAGCAAGGCCUUCUCCACCUGAGUUAGCUAUUAAGAUGAAUGUACAUACGGGAUUGUGACUACUGUGUUCUCAGCCCUGCUUUGUCAUUUAUUUGUGGUCUCUCGUUAUAGAUCACGUUAACUGCUUUAGGCAUUGAAGCCAUAGGGGAUGGGGAAUGCAUUUUUUCAGUGUUUCUCCUAGAGACUUUCUAAUUUCCCUAGAGUGGUGGAAGUAAGAAUCACAGUAUUAAGAAAUUUGCCCAAAUCUGAGUUGUGCCUAUCUUGAUUCACAAGGCAUGUUUUGUUGGUUGAUUUUGUUUGUUUGUUUGUUUGGGUUGUCCUUUUUGUGAUCGGUUUGUAAGCCUUUUCUCCUCCAAGCUCCUACAUAAAAGCAAAGUGAUCGAGUAGGUAAUGUUUAAGUGAUUGCUUGUCACGUGUGCUGAAUAUGCAGCUCAGUAAGUCGAACUUCAGUUAAUUUUAAAAGGAAGAUCAUUGGUUUUCAUGUAUGUUACUGAACUUACUUGGGUGGUGAUUGGAACCCCGUCCAGUUAAGGAAUGCUUUCAGUUCUCAUUGGAGGGGAUUCAUUUUGGGAGUCUGUCAUCCUCCAUAAUGGAAACAUAAUGUAUAUUUGAACCCAGUGUGAUUGCUUCAUCUUUGGUAACUUUCACCUGAAUGGGACUUAUUGAAUUAAUGGAUAUUGAGCUUAAAACUAAUUAUAAGUUUACAAAUAAAAGGUAAUGCUUAUGCCUGAGCUUACUGUGUUUCUGAGCUAACAACAGGUUACUCAGUAACUGUGACCUGCUCCUCCAUUUCCAUUUCUUCUUGGCAGUAAAUAAUUCAUUCUGUCUUCUUAUUACUAGAAGUGCACGUGUGCCAGGUUUUAUCCCUGCUGUAUUCAAUCUUUCUGGCUAUGGGAUGAUGUAAUAAUGUCCUAUAUUAUGGUUCUCGAGUGGAACUGUUUUUAGUAGUAGCAACUUUAUUGUUAUUACAGAAAGAUUCCACAAUGAUUGAUGUUCAAUGGUUUAUAUCUAGCAACUGUUUUAUAACUCCAGAUUUCUGAUUUGUUUUAAUUAAAGAGAACUGGAGGGGAGGGUUGUUUCGGGCCCUUGGUUAAUGUCAUCUGAAUUAGGGUUUCUAGUUCAUGAAGAAAUACCGAUUUUUCUCCUAUUUUUAGGAAUAAUUAAUACUCCAUUUGACUUUCAGAAUAUUGUCCUAGUUGGCCUGGAGCGAUAAUACAGCAGGUAGUUGCCUUACACACAGCCUACCCAGGUUCAAUCCCCAGCAUCCCAUAUGGUACCCCAACCACCACCAGGAAUAAUUCUCAAGUGCAGGACCAGGAGUAAGCUCUGAGCAUUGCCAGUUGUGCCCCACCCCCAAAAUGAAAUUAUCUUAGUUGAUUUUUUAUUUGACUGAUCAUGAAAUCUGAAGAGUACCCUACCGUUUGAGAAAAUUGGAUAGAGAUUAUGUAAAUAUGUAUGAUUAUGGCUUUUCUAAAUGGCAUAACACAAAUGUACAAGCUACAUCCUGUGCUGGCCAUGCUACAGGUUUUCUGGAGAUGUGAUGUAAUAGAGGGUUUUUGUGCUCUGAUUAAAAAUCAGCAUUUCAGGGCAGGAGUAAUAGUACAGUGGGUCGGGCAUUUGCCUUCCACCUGGUCGACCCAGGUUCAAUCCAGCUUCUCAUAUGGUCUCCCAAGUACUGCCAGGAGUAAUCCCUGAGCAUCGCCAGGUGUGACCCAAAACAAAAAAUAAUAAAAGUAAAAAUGCAAAUGAAUCAGCAUAUCAGCAUUCCAUUUUUUUCCCAGAAUGACAUUACCCAGCUCCAGAACAAUGUUAGCUCUCUCUAUAUAUAUGAGGUGCCCAACACUCAUUCAUCUCAAGUCUGGUUUAUUUCAUGCACUGUGCCUUCAAAUGAAUUUCUAAAAGGGACUAAAUGAAGUUGAAUAGUAGUUUUAAAAAGUCAAUCUGUGUAAUUUAUGUGAAAUCUAACUGUAAUGAGGUCCUUUCUGUUUUUUUAUAUGUAAACAGAUCUACUAAUCCUGUAUAAAAGUUAUUUUACGA